GUCCCUCGCGCUCUCGCGCGUUCUCUCCUCUGUCUCCCGCGUCGGUUCUCUCGUCGACGACCGUCGGUUCGCGCCGCGCCGCGUCGUGUCGUGUCGUCUCUGUCUCUCGAGUCCGCGCCUCCUGGACUCCUCGCGCCGCGCCAAAAACGGCCGGUGACAGUGACAUGUGCGUUGCUUCAGUGUUGCCGUGCCCCGCUGUCCUCGUCGCCGUGGCUGUACGUGGCCGCAGCUCCAGCUUGUCGCGCGCCCGUUGUGCUGACUGUGACCGUGACUGCUGCUGCUGUUGUUGCUGCUGCCGCCGUGCCGUGCUGCCUCGCCGGAGCCCGUCACCGUCAUCGUCGCGAUGCACUUCGUCGACGAUGCCACCGCCUGCGAGAUGCUAACUAAAUGAUGAUGUUAAGGGAUUCAACGGGCAAGCAUGAGGGAAAGAACACCCUCUGCCGACGACACCCCGAAAAGGGCCCCACCGGCACCCAGCAGAGAGGCGGCUUCGGCGGACGUAGCUGGUAGCGAGACACCGAGCGACGACACGGCCGAGGGUUAUCACACGGCGAAGCUGUCCGGCAUCCCUUUGGCAUCCGGCACGACGUCGUCGUUCGAUAGGAUGGUAGCGUCGACGCAGAGUCUGGAGGACCUAGGCGUCAAUCAUCCCACCAACGCGGCAGGGAGCAACGCGAACGACCGUCAGCAGCAUCAUCACCAGCAGCAACAGCAACUGCAGGAACGCUACGGUCCCGCCUACAGAUCGUCGGCGCAGAUCGCUCAGGAUAAGCGAUCACGGCUGAGUAAUGUGAUCAACAACCUACGCAAGAAAGUGCCGGAUGGAGCUGCUGGCGGAAACCCAGACUCGCCAAGGAAGGAGGAGAACGAUCGGGAUAGCGUUGAGAGAAACCUGGAAACUCUGGAGAAGUAUGUGACAACGGUGCUGAACGGCGUGAUCAAGGACAACGAGGAGGAGGAAGAGAAGAAGAACACGAACGCGGAGAAGACGAAGGAACUGGAAAGGCAGAGGAAAGAUGCUAACGAGGAGGAAGAGGAGGAAGAGGAUGAGGAAAAAGAUCCGACGGAUAUGGCAGUCAAAUCCGAGUCUUCAACCGAGGGCGAUAUCGAAGCGGCUGUUGUGUCGCGGUUAGAGGACUCCUCGACUGCCGAAAAUGCCGGAGACGUCGAAUCCUCGGAGACUACGGACCACUCGAGUACAAAGGGAACGACAGAGGAGAAUCUACAAAAUUCAGACGUCAGAAUUAGUCAAGAUUCGAAGGAACCUCUUUCGAAGAUGCAGGAGGAACGUCUGGAUGAUGAGCAGAAAGAGUCAUCCGAAGAUGAUCGAUCCAUUUUGAGGGAGAAGAAGGAAAGCCGGACCCUGAGCACGAUCAUAAUGGACAGAUUGAGUGAGCAUCAGGUCGAGGAGAGGGCAAACGUCGACGACGGUAGAGGAAACCGAGCGCUUGUCGACGAACGCGUAGCCUCGGAAAACACCGAGACGCGAGCAAUUUGCGGUGAGCUGCUGGACGAUCUACUGAACGACGUCUAUCGUAAAGUCGACGUCAAUCACGAGAGCCAGCAAAAGACCAAAGAGUGCGAGAGAUCGAAGAAGAGGACCACCGACGCGACCAACGAGCCACCGAGGGUGAAGGAGACCAAAGACUCGACCAUUAACGUUCAGGAAUUGCCUGUGACGGGCCUGCAUUGCAGUCUACCCUUGGAAAAAGUUGCGUCCGUGCUUCAAAACUGUCAGACGGGCGAAUCGGUGAUCUCGCGACUCUCCUCGGGAUCUAGUGCUCCUUCGAGUCCUCCGUCGGCGCAGAAGUCGAAAUCGUCCUCUACUACUACUCCUCCAGUCAGACUUCUCUGUCUCUACUGCGACAGAAAGUUUUUAUCCAUGUCCCUGCGGCAACGACACACGGAGAGAGCGCAUCAGCUUGGUGGUAGGAGAUCGGAGAGGAACCUCCGGAAAUCCAACCAGAAUUGCCAAUACUGCUCCGAGAAGUGCGCCGACACUCUAGAGGCGCUGUUCCAACACAUGGUCGGUAGCCACGGAGAUAAGUACCACGCGUGCGUUCAGUGUUCGACGAGGUAUAUUACCCGGGAAGCUUUGAUGGGACACAUAGGCGAGACGCACGGGGGAAAUCCCGACAGAAUCGGCCAGUCGGAGAAAAUAAAAGAAGGUUCACCGCUCUGCAAAGAAUUUUAUAAUCAAAAUUUACGUGAAAAAGUGAAUAUACUGUCGGUUAGAGAAAGAAGAUUCGAAGAAAAAGAAUCGGAGGAUCAAGAUGACAAUCGACGGUCGGAUAGCAGCCGAACGAAACUCAUCACAGCGCGGGAGCCCAUCGAUAAUCCGGCCAGUCCCGAGUUUGACAGUUCCUUCUAUGUCAAUGUGAUCUGCAACAUCCGCGAGAAUCUGCUACACCACCUGGACGGCAAACUGCAACCGUUGGGCGACUCAUCGUCGUCAGCAUGCACGCCACCGGUCGCUACCUCAAGUUCGACAGCGGUGGCGACGACGACGGAAUCAAAAUCGCCGCAACAACAACCGCAGCAAUCGUAUUACGAGCAUGGUGUCAAUCAGAUUCAAUUACCCAUCGAUAUCUCGCUGACCGCGGCGACGCCAGUCGACAGCAAAGAUUAUUCGGCCAGCGAGGAGUAUGAGAACUCGAGCGAGUAUGCCCAGAAGCCUGGCAAGACGAGUAGCGGCUCGCGACCGCGUCGGGUCUCCUUCGAGAAGUACAAUUUCCCGCGCAAGUACGACGGCAAGGAGCAAUGGACGUGCUCGAUCAAGGACCUUAGCAAGUUUGACAUCUCCACGCAGCUGUCACUCCGGAAGAAGCAGCAACUGAUCAAGGAACGCCUUACCAUCAGCAGACUGCAUCAGACUCCGUUGUUGUCCUGUGAUACUAUCGAGGUGUCCCUUCACGAUCAGGAACAGACCGAGCCUGCCAUGGAAACGGCAACGAGUAAUCAUCAGGAUAACAUUGACACCGGCUGCGUGGUCGAUGCGGGUGCCGCGAUGUCUCUUGACGUCCAUUGCGACGUUGGCGAAUCGUUCCUAAGCGAGAUCAAAAAGGAACCGACGAUCGAGAUCAAGAAGGAACCGACAACCGAGCUGUUGCCGAGCCCGACGUUUGCCACAGAAUUUACAAUUGAAUUCGCGGAUUUUAUAAGAUUGAGGAAGCGCGAGGACGGCGACAGCGAGGCUAUUAACGAUCAGCAGAUCGUUUACGCCGAACUGAGCGGCGAAUGGUCGCGAUCGCGAAUCUACAUCUGCGGCGCUUGCGGUUUUAGAUGCGUGAUGCUCAAGGAGAUGGAGGAACACAAAGCUUCCACGCAUCCGCGCGUCCUAUGCUCGCACUUCGAGCUGGCCGGCGAUCAGCGCGAGUACUACAAGCACCUGUAUCUACCGGGACGAGACGCGCCCACUGACGCAGCACGCGACGCCUGCAUCACGGAGAUGGUGUGCACCAAGUGCGCCAAGAGCUGCCCGAGCGUGAGCGAGCUGCAUCGCCACAUGCUGGAGUGCGGCGGCGAUCAGGCCUGGUUGCUCGGCCUCACGGGGAGCAGCAAGAAGAAGUGCAAGUGGCGACCGUUUGGCAGUCGCAGCCGUCGGCGGCGUCAGCGUGGCAUGAAGAGAAACAUACAGAACUCGCAGACACAGCCGCGGGUCAUCAAUGUCGAACGGUCCAAGGAGAAGCAAGCAACGACCGGCCCUAGAGUCCGCCCGAGCGACCGCGAGAGUAUCCAGAAAAUGCUAGCCAAUCUGCCGGCUAAAAGAGCAACGAGGAAGGUUCUGCAGGAUAACAUGUUGCGAUCACAAGGCCGACUCCGUAACGUGCAGACCAGAACGAGGCCUCGUAUGAUGGGCGACAACUCGUCCCGAAUUUCACGUAACAAAGCCGCCUUGAGGAACAAACUGUUGAAGAAUGCCAAGUCGAUUCAGCGAAACCGCUGCCGAAGUGACAAUAUCACCGCGGUGAUCGAGAGCGUCGUGAGGAAGUGUCACGAGACCGAGAAGAAAUCAGACAGCGACGGUGAUAAGAGUACCGAAACCGAGAAUGAAACUAAGAAGGAUGCCAAAGAGACGAACGAAGGUUUAUCAACGAGGGCAACCAGCAAGACUUUGGAACAGAAUGAUAGAACUGUUCGACCGAGAGUCGUUGGACGACCCAAAGUUUUCGGCAAGAGGAGGAACGUGAAGAACCCGCAACUUCAAACCAAAAGCAGUAACAAUUUGGUGAGACCGAUGGGCAAGUUUGCGAAGUUCAAGAAUGGCGCUACAUCCGAGACAAAGGGCGAAGGCGAGGAGACAUCCUCCCCAAAGAAUACACCAAAGAAUGCAAAGACGGCGCUAAAAGCGACUGAUAAAGACGACGUUAGUUCUGACGACAGAAAAAUGUCGACGAUUCCUGGAGUAAAGAAUAAAAAUAAAUUGACGCAGAGCAUACUGAAGAGGAAACGUCUCGUGGAUCCGGUGGCGUCUUUGAACGCCUCUAUCAAGGCGAAGUCGCAGUUACGGACGCAAGAUGGUAAGUUCGCUCGUAAUCCGAAUAAGAGCUCGUCAGCGAAACUGUCGGAAACAAAAUCGGACGAUGGAAAACACAAGGCUCCCGACUCGGUCGAAGCCAAGCCUGAGUCGAAAACGACGCAGAAGCUGAAAAAGACUGAGGUUCAGUUGCCACGAAGAGUCACCCGGCUGUCGUCAGACAGUGACAAAAUGCCAACUUUGGAACCAGUCGUGCAGAUUGUUUCCUCCAACGAGGAAUAUGCUGAUAAAACAGGAAACGAUCUACCCAUCUUGUCGCCAGUGACGUCGUCAGGAGCUCUUCAGGAUCAAAAGGCGUCCCGAAAUUCGGUUAAGGGUGUUUUAAAAGAGAAAGAAGGUAAUGUUGAUCUCGAAACUGUCCCCGAAAAGAACAAAACGGAGCCGAAAUCGACGAGGGGAAGGAAACCGAAGACGGAAACAAAAGACACGGUGAAGCGAAGGAAGGUUAGAAUAAUUGAAGAAAACAAAGUUUCCAAAAGUAAUGUAGCUGUAUUAAAAGAUAAAACGAAAGGUAAGAAGAGUCUACCGGUUACUAAUAGCGACGAAAAUAGCAAGGAAGAGACGUCGACGAGAGAGGCAGUCGCUAAAAAAGAUUCGAAAUUGAAGAAAGAAGAAGUAAUAAAGGAAACUCGAAGCUCGAAAAUCAGAAUAAACAAAGAUUCCGUGAAGCUAUCAUCAAAUAUCCCGUUCGAGGUGAAGAAAUUGCUGCGUCAGGCCAGAGGGUUCGGCAAGAGUUUCUUUAGUGCCAAAGAUCUCCAGAGCACGUUGGAACUCGCGUCCAAUGACUCGAAACGCAGCCUGAGACAAUUUACGUUAAGAUCAAAAGUACUUCAAGUGACUGACAAGAGUUCGCGAGAGCUCGAUGAUGAACCGGAUGGAUCGAAAGGUACAAACAAGAAGGACAAGAUCGAAGCGAUUAGAAAAUCGUCCAGAAAAAACGCCGAGAAAAAGAGUGAUGGCAAGAAAGCGAGUCUGGAGAAGGAUUCGGCUAGCAGCGCGAUUACGCCGCAGAACGAAAAAAGUCAACAGGGUAAAAGAGAGAAAACAACGAAAACAAAGGAGACCGCGAUUGACAAUCCCAGCAUAGAAAGUAAAACUGAGACACGACAAACGAGAGGAACGUUGAGCGACGCCAAGAGCGAGGCUUCCUUGGAAAACGCAAGUGACAGCUUUCGAAGAAGAACCGGCUCUUUAGGGAAACGUCGCAGUCGUAACAGAUCGGCCGACGAAGAUGAACAAACCAACACGCGCGUAUGUGAGGAACAGAGCAGCAACGAAAACGACGCGUCGAGCGGAAAGGAAGCUGUGAAAGAACUCGAGGAGGUAAUCGAUAAGGGAACUGAAGGCGAGAGCGAUAAAAAUUCUGAUGAUCGAUUAGACUCGACGGUAGUAAAUAUCAAUUUGAGUCACUUGCAGUCGGAGACGAGCAACAUUUCCAUCGACAGCGGUAAGGAAAACUCUGUGGAAACCUCCGUGAACGUUCACAGUAAAGUGAGGGUAGGGAGACCUAAGAAAACGUGGGGCGGACGUCGUGAGAAAACGUCGAGAAAAAGAUCUCUGAACAACGUUAUUGGUAUUCUGACGGAGGGCGUGAAUAUCCCCGUGGAGGCGCAGCAGAACGUACAGGUGCUCACGGUUCAGACUAGUCUGGAUAAUCCGGAUAGGGUAACGCGGAAUGGAAGCGCGCAACAGCCGAGCGGUGGCGAGGGCAACAUGAUCGUGGCAGAUUCAGCAUUUAGCGAACUUUCGGUCCUCGCCAAAAGCGAGGAGAAAUGCAUGGAGAAUGAAGCACAGAUUAUGACGACAAGCGCGACCGAUAGCUCUCGCGCGGAUGACGAAAAGAAUGCUUGUGAUGAAGCACAGGAGAAUGCCUUCGUCGAUGAAAAAAUAGAGAUCGCGAAGACGUGUUCGCCGACUAACGAUAUCAUUCUUGAUCUAUCCAGAAGAAAACCCAAGGGCAAAGGCUCUUUCUUGGAGAAAAUUGUAUCGAAGAUAGCCAGGCAGAAAGACGCUCUAUUGGAAGGUGAAGUAGGUACAUUGCUCGAUACCGCGGCCGACGAGUUGACCAGCAUUCUCGACGAGGUCGGACCUGCCUUGAUUGACAACACAGAAAGUGUGAAUUUUGAUGGAGCAAGCUAUACUUCAAGGAAUGACAAUGACAAAAACGUAACAGAUACAUCCAUUGAUGAACAACUGCCGAUGAUUGUCGAUCCUGAAAUUCAAGCGUCAGAAGACGGCGAAAUAAAUAUUGAGAGCGCGAUUUUCAAACGUUCAACGAAAACUACAGAUAAUCUCGAGGAAAACUUGGCAAUAGAAACUGAAACGCAAAGCAAGAAUCAAACUAAAGUAGAUGAUGAUGUUUUAGAUAUUGAGAUUAAGAACGACAAUGACGUGGAAAAAGAUACAACAAGGGUGAAUGAUACGCGCUUUACUGAGGAAUUGCAUUUUGAAUCUUGUGAGAAUAAAUCGGUAAUGAAUAAAGAAGCAAUUAUUCCGAUAGAAAUUCUAAAUGAGAAUUCCGCAUCACUAAUCGACACUUCAAAUUCAUUAAUUAUGAUGCAAAAAGAAAUUUCAGAAAAACUUGAAAGAAAAGGACGCGUUAUGAAAUCCACGAGAAAAUCCAGCAAAAGAUCGCUAGAAAAUAUAAGUUACUCUAAGAAAAAUAAAAAAAGAUCAUUAAAAAUCGGCGAAUCUCGCGCUGAAGAAAACGCUGCGCAGAAGGAAUUCCAAUCGAACGACAUCGCGUUUAAGUCCAAAGAAGCGUUUGAAGUUGAUAAGUUUCCGAAGAAAGAUAGCGGCAUAACGGAAAUUUCAAACGCAGAUGCCGAAGUCGAGAAGUCGAAGUCGCUCCAAUUCAACGAAAAUGAAAUCAUCAAGGACGAUUUAAAUUUGAGUUUAGAAAAUAACAUCACGAAGACUAACGACGAUUCGAGUUCAGAAAAAUUCACCGAGCUUUCAGAAGCGGAUUGUACAAAUGCGAAAUUAAUGACGAGCCUUGAAAAAUCCCUUAAUAAAACUAUUUCCGACGAGAAUGCUGUUGUUACCAACAUUCGAUCGACAGAAUUGAUAGAGGAAAAUGCUGAUCUUCCAAUAUUAGCUUUAGAAAAAAGCGUUGAAUGUAGAAAAUCUACGGAUAAAACUCAGAAAAGGAAUCAAAUCAAUAUGAACGAGUCUUUAUCUAGGCGUACGUCGAAGAGAAAGUCGAAGCCUGUUCUACCUGUAACUCCUCCGAUAGAUGCUACCGUAAACAUCCUUCAAGUUUCCGUAGAACCGACAGACAAGACAGAAGGGGUAUCAUCUUCCUUGUCCAUUACAAAAGAACAAACUUCCACAGAACCGAUAGACAAGAUAGAAGAGGUAUCGUCUUUUUUGUCUAUUGCAAAAGAACAAACUUCCGCAGAACCGAUGGACAAGACAAAAGAGGUAUCUUCAUUGCUCAGUGCAAAAGAACAAUCCUCGGAAUCGACCGAUGUACAGUCGAUAAAAAUUGGGACCACUAGCGAAGACUCAGACGUUCUUUUAGAAAAAUGUUUAUAUUCAGUCGAAACGUCUGAGAAAGAACAAAAAAAUACAGACGAUUCGUAUCUCGUCAAUUCGACGCCUUCAAAAACAACGAAGAAAGAAAGAAAAAGUCGCGCAAAGAAAAAAUCAUUGGCCGAUGAGCAUCUGGAAUUACCGGAAGAUGAGAACCUAAAAUUACCUGCCAAACUCAACGACGAAUCCAGCAUCGCAGGUUCUGACGAGCGUUUAUCCGAUUUGGAGCACUUUAAAGUACCGGAAGUAAAAGAGCUGCAGAGCGCGAAGAAACGGGGGCCGAAGAAAAAAUCGCAACCCGAGGAUAGUCGCUGGAACGGCGGAAGUGUUUCCGAAGAGUCUCGGCCGAACGAAACCGAACUCGCUGAACUCAACGUAAUGUCCAUCAGUUCAGUCGAGGAAAGAGUGGAAAAAGAACAAAAAGAAACAGAGAAAUGUGUCACGAUAGAAGACUCUAGUACGAAGAGGUUUGAAAGAUCAAAUUCCUCAGGUUUGAUCGGGCUCAUUCCGUCUUCAACUAAAACAAGAUCUAUGUCGAAGAGGGCACAGUUGUCGAGCGAGGAUCUUGCCGAUUCCAGCAUUCGAAGCCAGAGUGCCGAGAGCACAGACGAAUUGUCUGAGAGCUCGUGCGCCAGCGAAUCUAGCUACUUCAGGAAGAAGCGAUUUGCGAAGAAAAGGAGAAAGGAGGAGACGACAGUUGAUGAUAACACGCGAGUCGACAGUUCUCUCACAAAUUUGGCAGCCCCAAAGAGCGAUAAGCAAAAGCCUAAAGGAAAGACGAGCAAGUCCAAAUCCUUGCUCGAUGAACAUCUAGAUCUCUCCAACGCGGAUGAAAUUGACGUUCCGACGGACAUCCAAGCUUCGUUAGAAAAUACGGCAGCUUUGGAAAAUGUCGAGAAAGAGCUUCAACUCGCCGAAACAUCUUCAGAUAUAUCGAGCGAAGACGUGGUCAAACCAACAGAUGACACGGAGAACAGAGAAGACUCAUGUGCCAACUUAGAACCGAAUAAUCAUGAGUCCCUGGAUAAUUCUGUUACGCCGAAAAAACGCGCGGCUGGUGCGGCUGGUGCAAAUUUCAUAGUGGUGCACAAAAAGACCGGCGAGAUUCUAAUCGUAGAGAAGAAGAAGAAGCUGACAAAAGAAGCGGCGAGAUUCUUUUGCGAGGUGUGCGCUACCAGCUUCACUCGCAAGAGUUCUCUAAAAAAGCACACGCUGUCACAGUCCCAUCUGUCGCAGUUGACGAAAUCCAACGAAAGAAAUGAUCAACUCAAGUUGAUCAUGAAUUGCAAUACGUCCGAGAAUGAGGAGGAAGUGGACAACGAAUUGGAAAGUAUUCAAGAGAAUGAUCAACAGACAACGGCGGAUGUACUGGAAGAAAACGUUCAACUUUACGAAAUCGGUCGAAAAUCUUUGGAGGAAACGAACGAGAGUUACGUUCUUCGUACAACAAGCGCGGAAUCCGCGAAAUCUCCGGUGGAUCUUGCGACAACGAGGCAGACGUUGGAAGAUAAACUGCUAGACGAAGAGAUUUGCAAGAUUACCGAGAACAUGAGUCACGAUGAGUACGUUCUGACCGAUCAUCUGACGCCGGAGGAACCAACGGUGUCGUCGACACCGAUCAAGCCCACUCAAAAGAAACUUGAAAAGGAGGAUUCGGGACGAGGCAAGAGCGGCAACAAGAAGCGGAACAAGUCGAAAAAGAGGAACUUGGCGGAGGAACAUUUACUUUUGGACACUCCCGAAUUGGAAAGGUCCAUAAUCGACUCGAAUGAUCUUUCAAAAUCAACUGAUGAUGUGCGAAUUUCCCCGUCUUCGACGAAAGAAAUAAUGAAAACCGUAGACAAUACUGAAGAUGCUUCUAAAGAACGUGUAGAUAUUGUUAAAACAAACGACAAGUCAGAUAAAUCUUUGAAUAAAGAAACAAAAUCUACAUGUGAUAUCGACGCGAAAGCCGAACAUCAAAGUGAAUACACGAGGACCACGAGAAGGACAUUGCAAAAUCUCUUUAAAGUAGAUAAUAAGGAAAAAGAAGAGACUUCACCUUUAACUGAGACGAAUCGGUUCAGUCUAAGACCUAGAAGAAGCAGAAAUUUUCAGCAUUACGAAGAAUCUGAUAUCGAAGACGUAUAUUUCAUGGAUGCUUCCAUGGAGAUGAACAACGACGAGAUAGAAAAUAACUGUGACGCGCAAAACAGACAGAACGAAGUGGAAGAGGAAACGAACGGAAAUGCAUUACAGGAAAAAACGCACGCCGAUACUGAAGAUAAAAGCCUCCGGGACACGAAAGUCGCAAAAUCAAAGACAGACUCGGCGAACGACGCUAAGAAAAGAAAACGUGGCAGGCCGAGGCUUAAGGAUCGAAUUGUUUCGAAUUUGAGUAUCGCUUCAGCUCAGACCGAGCCUGAAGUUAAUGGAAAUGAUGCUGUCGCUGCGGGUGAUCCUGACGAAUCAAAAAUCACAGAUCAAAAAUUAGAUUUGCAUGUCAAAGGGUGCCUUGACGAGAACGGCAAGGCGCCGCAUACUGAUGCAAAUACCUCCCAGCCUCUCAGACGAAGUAGGGGCAGGCCUAGAAAAAAUCCUAUGUCGAUUGCAAACAAUUCCUCAGUACAAGCAGAUAGUCCGAGUGCCUCCGAAUCAACAAAAUCAAAUUACGAUAAAACGAAAGAGAAGAUAGACGUGAUCGAAUCGCGUUCCAAAACGAUUAUCGAGGAAAUUACACCGAUUGGCUCUUUGAUAUCGAACGUAGAGUCUCCGCUUGCCGUUCAAGAUCACACUCCGGAAUCGGAUUUAUCGGAAAGGAAGGAAGAUUUAUUAUUAAAUACUGAAGACGUUCAAAGCACCGAACUGAACGUUUUCGAAAAUGGAUUGGCGCAGAGAGUCGAAUCUACGGAUAUUCAGACAGACGAUACCGUAAAGAAUUGUGAGGCUACGCUUGUUGUCAACAUUUCAUCAGAAAAGGUUGAGAUGUCGAUGUCAUCAGAGACGAAUACAUAUAUUGACAAUACAAAAUGCGCUCUCAAAGACAAACGUAAUGACGACACGAACGUGAAUGUUUUAUCGAAUCUAACGAUCGAAUCUUCAACCGAGCUUUCUCCGCAUAUCAUUGAACAAACAUCAAUCGAUGAUUUGAAAUCAAUUAAAUCAAAAGCUAUCGACCCUGAAAACCUCAUAGUUGAGAAUUAUACAGAUGUCUCAGAAGAGAAACAAACAAAAUCAGAAGAGAAACUCCCCGAAGAAAUUCCCGAAACAAAGCUUUCGUCGGAAGCUAGCGAGGAUGAAGCGUUGAUCGCUGAUGAUAAAUUUCUUCUUACAAGUCCCCACGAAUCUCAUAAAACGAUAGGUAACUUAGAAAACGACAGCAUGUGCGACAAAAGGACGUCUCGACUGGAAUCGUCCAGCAAGAAAUUAUCCAGAAAAUCAACGAGCAAGGAGCGAGAAACUGAUCGCAAGAGAUCGAAAACGUCCAAGGGUAGAAAGAAAAAGGUCAAAGUCGCCGAACUGUCGAGUGACAGCGAGAACGAGGAUGACAAGAUGGAAUCCGCCGCUUCAAGCAAAAGCAAGAUCGUGAAGAGCGUGUUUGGUCGUGUGUUCGGCAACGAGAAGGUGGACAAGGUGAAGGAAGUGCUGAACGACUGGGUGUCACGGUCGGAAGAUGACUCGGACAGGUCCAGGAGUGCCUCGGAGGCGAGAUCCUGCCUGCGCGGAUCGACAAAGUUCCCCAUUGAGAACGGACACAAGAAAGAGAAGAAAUGUUACUCUAGCUCCGAAACGAAGAAACUCGAUAUUGACCGAUCACCUAAGAAGAAAGGAAACGACAAGUGCGGCAGUGAGGUUCACGGGAAAGCGAAGAAUCGAAAAAAGCGAGAAAAAGAUGCGGAAUUGAUACUUGAGGAUCAUGUCGGGUCGCCUGCUAAUCCGACCAAGCGAAGACGCAGACAGAGCAAAAUCAGAGCGGAUGAGAAGAUCCUCAGGACCUUCGAUGACGAGUCGCCGGCUAUUUCGGACGGAGAUGACAAGAUUAAGGGAACGAGCGAUCAGAUUAACAAUGAAUCAAACAAUAAAGACAAGGAAAGGCGGCACUACGAGAAGGAAUUAAAUAAGGAGGAAACGAUGGUUAAAAAUUCGACCCCCGAGAAUUGGGAGAGUCUUCAAGUCGAUUAUGACUUUCAUGAAAAAAUGAAGAAUAGUUCUAGCCAUCGUAAAAAGCAAGAUGCUAAGAAACAUUCUUCGUCGCCGUCACAGUUCAAGUACAGGCGAAGGGAGAGCAAGGUCAGAGCCAACGAGAAGAUUCGAUUGGAAUUUGAUUGGCCAACUUUUGACAAUGACAUUUCGUGCUUCUCUGAUGAUCAGGAUCUCGACGAAACGCCCAGGAUUUCUAAGGAGCAGGAGAACGAAUUUUACGAAUGUGAAGACUUGAAUCGUUCGGAUAAUACAAAAAGUGUCAAACAAAAGGAUGACGCUUGGAAAAACGCCAGUUCAAUAGAUCGGGAACAGAGUGAAGCGCACGGUGGAAAAUCCAGAAAGGACUCGAGUAGCCGUAAGAGACAACAUUUUAAUCUGAUUAAAGUAAGCAAGAUGAAAACAAACAAAAGGAUUUCAAAAGAUUCUGACAACGAGCCAUCAAUUCUUUCGAGCAAUGAGGAAACGAAGAACACAACGCCAACCGAUCAAAUGACACGAUCUACAAGCGAAUCAAAAAAUCGAUCAAAGACUUUUAUCAAGGAUAAUGAAUCCUUGCUAUACGGUGAUUCAGUUAUUUCGAAGCAUAUGAAUAAAGAUCAAGAUAAUUUGCUAGAUCGGUCAAACUCCAGGAAGAACAAAAAAGGAAUCGUCAACGAAGACUGGAAAUGUUUAGCGAGAAACUUGGAAUUCGAUCAAGAGGACAAUGAAUCGAUUGAGAAAGAAAUUACACGAAAAGACGAGGAAUCCGCAAUAUCAUCGCGUAGCUACAGCAGUUUAGCGGCUGAAGAAUCAACUAUAAAGACUCAGUUGAUCGAUCUCGAUGGAAAUUCUCAGACGAAUCGAAAGUCCGAUGAUAAUGACAACGACGAGGAGGAAGAAGAGGAGGAGGAGGAGGAAGACGACGACGACGAUGACGACGACGACGACAACGAUCUUGGGCGACAAAGAAUGUCGCCGUUCUACGCUCGCGGGACUCCCAAUAACUCGAUCGAAAAUAGUUCCAACGAGGAAGAAGAUGAAGAGGAAGAGGAUGAGGAAGAAGAUGGCGAAGAAGAGGAGGAAGAAGAAGAAGAAGAAGAAGAAGAACGUGUAACGCAUGAGGAUUCCAGGAAAACGAAUCCUAGCGAAUUCUCUGGGGAGAAGAUCAUCAUCAGGUCGCCAUCGUUGGGUCACAGAUCGGACGUGGUGACAAUCGCGCCCACCGACGCGAUCGAGGACAAUGCUUUGGACGUACCAAGGGAGAUUGAGUCGACAACGGAGCCGCGUCAGGGUAAGAUCCUUAAUUUCGACGAGGAGCUCUUUGUGGAGUGCUGCUCAAGAUUGAAGGCCACGAGUGAGAAUGAAUUGAGAGGCGCGAAGAAGAUUAAGCUGGAUCACACGGAAUCAUACCACAGGCGGGACGAUCAACCUCAGGGAUUCAGAGUUAAUAGAGAUCGAUGGAGGGACGUAGAGAGCCAAAACAGUCUUGGUAGUCUUCUGGAGUCGGUGAAUCAAUUGCUCGGCGAGGAGAUGUACAACAGCCACGACAGGAGCUAUCGCACGCGCGGUAGUGAACGGUCGAGUAGAUCGGCUAGCCCGGAUGCGUCGCGGGUCGACAAUCUUGGUUACGAGGACAGUUUGGACGUAGCUUUUGAGGACAACAACAAACUACGAGAUAAGAUCCAGCAGCGCAUGAGGGAGAGCGAAAAUUUGAUAGCUAACACGUUCAGUCAGAAGAUCAGCGAAAACGAUCAUCCUGACGAUGACAAGCGGGACAGCGUUGGGAACUCGUACUCUUCGAGUAUUCACGAACACGAGCUGUCCACAUCGGUCGCGUCGAAUAGGGAGCGGGAGUCCUCGCCAGGGCAUAAGAGCAAGAUGAACUCGACUCUAGGUGGUCUACACAAGGCCCUAUCCAACUUGUUGCACAGCAACGGCAAGCAUGAUCAUAACGGUUCCGCUCCGAUGAAGCUAUUGGCGGAAUUGGCCUGUGCCCGAGCUCCUACUUCCAUGUCACCGGAGGACAAAACGAAUAGCAGCGGCAGGAAUCACCAAUCGGUGAAGAUGGUCGCGGCGGCGGUUGCGGCAGCAGCUGCAGCUGCGGCAGCGGCGGCGGUGACGAGCAAGGAUACCCCGAUCUCUCCGAAGAAGUCAACGAAAGACUCGGCGGUAACGCCGAAAAAUUCGCCGGCGAAGAAGACGAGAAACCCCAUUAAGGAGCUGUUUGAGCGUAAGAAAGAGCUAAACGAUAGAAAGGAGCAGGAACGUUCGAAAACCGCGCUCAUUGAAUUAAACGUACAGAAGCAGCGCAGGUCGAAGAAGAACAAGAAGCAACAACAGCAGGAGUUUCCGCUGAUUCGUAGAAGCGAGCACUAUGGCGGUUUAAUGGAGAAGAAGAAACGCCGCGACUCUCUCGAUCGAAAAGGGGAGUCAGACAGAAUAAAGGAUGUAUACGAGUUUGACGAGGAGGAGAGCCAAAUGGCGCCUACUCUGGGUAGUGUGUUGUCCUACAGGUGCCAAGUCGACAAGAAUUACGAGGCCAACUCAAAAACGAAAUAUAUAGACGGGGACUUGGAUGACGUUUUGGAGAACGACGAAAUGAAUUAUGUUACGAAUUCAAAAUUGGAUACUAUGAUCAACCGUAAGUUCCAGGAGUUAGAGAAAUUUGCGCCAAAGACCAAGGGCGCCCUGAAAUUGUUCCAGAGCGAGGAACAGCAACAGCGGAUUGCCAAUUCGAUUACCGGACCUAUGGAUGAAUUUGUGGAAAGAAAACAACGCGUGAAACGAUCCGCGGAACAGAACCUCAAGCAACCCAGUAAAAUCAAGAAACGAGGUAAAAGCUCGAAGAAGCGAGUGAGAAAUGCGUGGUACGAGAACGACAGCUCGGACGAAUUCAGGACGGCCGCAAAGACGGAAGACAUCGGCGUUGGCAUUUCCAAGAGUCAACGUUCGUGCUCCAAAGGCAAACAGAACCUCUUCGCAGAGUUGUCGACGUCGUCCGAGAGCGAAUACGAACGGAAUGACGUUGAUUACAUGAUCGCGAACGAGCAACGUUCAUUGAAAUCGAGGAAGUGUUUGAAGAAACUGCUCGAUGUUGACAUCGACGAGACAGAUGAUCGACGCACAAUCAACGAACCCGAAUUUGAUAACGACGAUCAAAUCGCAAAUGAUUGGAAUCCAGUGGUACGAGAAGAUAUUAUGAAGAACAACGAUGCCGUAAAAUCGGAGUCGGAAAUGUCGGAUCAUUCGUUGGUGAUAGACGAGAGGAAAACUGACGAAACGAGGAACAGCGAUGACGACAUAGACAAUCAAUACGAGAGGACUUUUGGGCUGGAUGACUUGUAUAGAGAAGACAGUUCGGAUACAGAGACAGAGGCAGAGGAGAACGAAGAACCAAUGUCCGAGGAAACAAAGAAAAACAAAGCAGGAACGCAAGUGUUGGAUGAGAAUGCAACUUUGCAAAGAAAACUCACCUCUAUGAGCACAAAAGAUGAUUGUGCAACGGAGAACGAAUUGAUUUCCGUGGAAGAAGCUUUGAAUCUCUUAGAUGGGCAUGGAAAUCUUGAUUUGAAAGCUAAGAAUGCUGCACGUACAAAGAACAAAAUCAUCAAUGGUACUAUAGACGAAGCUUCUAAUGAUGAAAUUAGUGAAGAGAUGGAGAGCAAACGUUUAAGUCCUGCAGAGAUACGAGAUGAAAAGGAGGAACUAGACGACGAUGUAUCGACUUUGCCAGAAAAGUUAUCUAGCAAUGAAAAACCGCAGAAAGAAUCCGAUCACAAUCUCCCUCUUCAUGUAUUUCUUAGCAGAAAGGUGCAAGAAUCGAAAAAAAGAAAACAACAGCAAUUAGAUAAGCUACGAGAGGAGCAAGAGAGGAUACUCAUGGAUUUUCAGCCGACCAGAAGACAAAGAAAAUGCGCGAUAGGCAAGCAGGGUUUGUUAGCGGAAAUAAGCAGCUCGGAUGAGGAAUUGUACGUGAGAGAUAACAACAAGAAAAGUAGUGACCAUGACAAGUCGCGAAAGAAGAGAGAAUCGAAAGAAAAAAGGAAGGAAAGAUAUCUCGAGAAGAAGCACGAGCAGAUGAUUGCCAAGGAGCAAAAAGCAAUCGAAGAGGAAAUUCUACGAGAAGUCGGUAAGAGAAAAGAGAUUCUUUCACAAAAUAUGGAUGACGCCGCAUUAAAUACCGAUGUCGUGGAAGCAAUCAUCUCCGGACAGUGUCAAAAGAAGAAACACCAGACGAAGGAAAGGCAUAAGAAAAGCAGCGACGAGAGCAUUGAGGAGAACUCAGUGUAUAUUGAACAGUCUUGUCUUGAUAACUCGGAGGAUAAUCAUAACAAAUUAGACCGUGUUUUCUCCGAAGAAAAUAACACGAAGAACAACGACCACUUGUCAAAUUCAUCAAAACGAAAGAAAUCACUCUCGAAAUCGCCGUCGAAGUCAAAGAAAGUUUCCAAACCUGAAAAUGAAAAAAUCCCGACGAAGAAAAGUAAAGAUCCAGUCGCGGAGAAAUCCAAGAAGGUGUCCAUGAACAACAAGGAUUCUAAAGAACGCAGAUCGUCCAGCGGAAAGCGCGAUUCCGACGAUGAGGAACUAAAGACCACCAAGUCAUGGAAUAAGGUCGAGGAAGGUGUCGGAGUUGCAAUCGGUCGCCGGAAGCGCACAGCCGCUUUGCAGUUAUACUAUUGGUCCAGUUCGAGCGACGAGGAAGAGGUACCAGAGCCGAUGCCAGCACCUGAGGAAGAGGAGGAUGAUCGACAGGAGCAGCACGGAUGGAUAGUGGGCGACUCCCACAAGCGAAUGAUAACGAUGUUGGCGAUGGAAAAACAACUAAAAGAAAAGCGACGUAGAAGCGAGGAUGAAUUCGAGCCCGGCAAGGCGAAGAGCAAGAAACAUCGGAACAGCAGCACCUCUUGAUACGUAUUUCAUGAUUAAAGCUCUGAUCAAACCCGCGUGAGAUAGACGCAAUGCGAUGACUAUAUUGUUCUAAGAACAUAAAUUGUGAAGGCGAGAAAGAGUGGAGGCUGUAAGAAUCUCCACAUUUCUCUUCAAUGAGAUUUUUAUUAUGUUUUAUAUCUUCCACGAUAAUAAUUUGUGGCAGAUAGGUCUAGAUAAAAACAAUGAACAAGUGCGAUCUAUGAUUAUAAGAGUAUUUGUUGUGUUGACUUAUUUUCUUUUUUCUUUUCUUCAUUAGUAAGUGUUGAGCGAGUGAAAGUGAUUCAGCCGUGAAGAAAGAAAAAGAUAUAAAAUGUAUAUAGUUGCUUGUCGUUAGAGAUUAGAAAUUAGAAGAGUAUCCUUUCCCGUUGCAAUCUAUGAAUUAUGUAUAAAUAUAAAUUGAGCUCUUAUAAAUACUGGAAGAUAUAUAGACUGAACGUGAGAGAAAUAGCGGAAAGUGAAGAGAACACUUUUAGACAAUACUAGGACAUUUGUAACAUUUAAUUGUACGUAGGAGAAUCUCCCGUACGUGAAAAACGGGUGGCAGGUGAAGAGAGAACGAGGGGAGUCAGUCACACAGUCGCUUAUUUAGGAAAGGACAACGUAAAAUCCGGGUCCAAUCGAGUUUAGCGCUUCUAUCAGCUUUUUUCGUGAUUCGUAAAACAUAUUUCUUCGUAUUCUUGCAUAUUCUUACAUGUUCGUACGUAUUCUUACAUAUCGCAAUGAUGAAUGAAGCAAGUAAAAGAAAAACUUUCCGGGUACAACGUUCAAGGACGAAAAUAUCACGUCCGAGGAGCUUAAGCGCUCGCGAUCGAACGAACAGAAGAGGCGAAUUUUUCUUGACCUUUUGCACGUUAUUUUUACGGAUUUUCUAGAUCUCAAGCUUGCGUGCGCGGUCGACCGUAAAGUCCACGCACGUAUCCGUCGAAAAAACGAAUGCUUUAUUAAUGAAUAAAACGCGAACAUUACUUUUUUCUCUUUUCGUAUUCGCCUCGUGCACAUAGAAUAUAAGUAUGUAGAUUUUCAUAUAUUAUGAGAAAAUGUUAUAUAUGUUAUAAACAAGCGACAGAAAAAAAAA